ACGUGGUUCUGGAAUGUUUGUUUACAUGGAAACCAUCAAUUGGCACUCAUACGAGCUGUAGACUGAGUGCAUAGAUGUACUGAGAAUGUGAUUGAGUAAACUGUGUGAGAUAACUUUAGAAAACUUUCAUUUUUAAGAAGUGACCUUUUAGUAUAAUGUGAAUAUAAUCAACUAAAACGUCCCGGAAGCGUCUUGGAAAUACACAAAACGCGAUAGGCCUCAACUUCACAGGGAUGCAUUAAUAACAUGGAUUACCAGGCAGACUCGACACUAAAGGUACUGCGGCACCAACUUGAAACAUUUGAAGCUCUCCAUCAACAAACAAUGCAGAAUGUCACCACGGUACAGUCAGAAAUUAAUGAAAUAUUCAGCAAUAGUCUAAAGGACAGCAAGAGUCAACAUGGAAGCCAUUCCAAUUCUGUUACUAUCUCUCCAACAAAUACAUUGCAGGAGCUGGAGCAGCAUAUCCAAGAAGGUCUGCAGCUAGGAGGCAACAUAUCGAGACUGAAAGAAGAGUGUAAGCGGUUGGAAAACUGUCUCCUCACCGUGCAGAACGAAAAGCAAAUUCUCCAAGUGGAACUGCGACAGCUUCAUAAAGAUUGUCUUGGUCUUAGGAAUAUCAUUGUGGCUCAGCAUGGUAGUAAGACACAUGACACAUCAAGCAGUUCACUUGGGUCAAAAGAAAUGUCAUACUUCAAAGAUGGUGUCAGCAGUCAUCACAGCCCAGAAGGUCACCCGCGUGAUUUUUCUUGGUUGGAAAAGGGUCAUUCUGCUCCAGGUUUAACAGAGAGAACAUUUGAUGAAGUAAGGAAGAGAUUUGAAGAAGAAGAGCUGCAGAAGAUGCAGAGGUACAAAAGUGCAAUUAACCAUUCUGGUUCAGAGUCAGACAGUAGUGCAGUCAAGAAACUCAGUAAUGCAGCAGACACAAGAGAGAAACUUGCAUCUCAGCUCGAUUUACUUCCAGAUAAACUUCAGCCAGAUGAAUUCAGAGAUACCAGGAGAAACAAAACUGAUCCCCAAAGAAAAAUAUAUCUAAAAUAUGAACCAAGCCGACUUGAAAAUUCUAUAAGAGACCUGCUGCACCACCCAGCAGUGAUGGCAUAUGGAGACAUGAAAAAGGUUCUGCAGAGUGCUUUCGAUUCAAAGGAAAUUGUCGUCUUUUAA